GGCGGAACAACCGUUGGGUGGCUACCGUUGUGGUUCGUCAUUGCCCGCCCUUUUUUUGGUGUCAUCCUUGCCCCGGGGCCAUUCCGACCCGACGGACAAACGCAUUCCUUCUUGUUGCCCGCCUUUUCCAACAAGAAGAAAAAGCGUGUUUCCUGGGGAAGCGAGGGUGGAGGGAGGGACUGCCACCGUGUACCGCAAGCUACCGGGUGGCGGCAAGGGCUUUAGUGUGCGGCCACGUGCACCAAUGUGGUGACACGUGUAUGACACGUGGCAGGCCACGUGGCAAUGUGAGGUUUCCCGGGAAUCUUUGAAGAUCCCCACUUACCGGAAAUCGGGUGACGAAGAGGCAAGGAGAGAUAUAAAGGCUGGAAGAAAUUAAGGGGAGGGGGAGGGGGAGGGGGAGGGGGAGGAGAGGGGAGGGGGAACGUGGGGAAGGUGGGAAAGGUGGGUAGGGAUUUACUUCGGAGAUGGCCCUGGCGGCGGCGAGAGGGGGCUUCGCCCCCGCUCGAGUUUGUACAUCUUCUACGACUAAUCAUCUGACGAAGCUGACGUGCAGGGGCCUGGUAGAGACACGUGUCACAACCAGAAAGACCAUCGUCAGCUCGAAUCCUAUCACUGAGAACUUGCGAUUAUGCUCGACCUCGUCGUCUACUUCGUCGUCCUCUUCUCCAAUCAUCGAUAAUCAUAUUGGCAAGUCGCUGACGCCACGUCAGCAGACUCAGAGUCCAUGUCAGACAUCGACACUCUUUGGGUGGACAAGAAGAGGAAGACGAAGAUCGUCAUCGCCAUCGCCAUCGCUGCCUCUGUCUGAUUCCAGUUUGCGACGGAGGUCUUUGAGUGGAUGGGAUAUUUCAUGUCCUAGCAGGAGUUCACGAGACCCUCUCGGUAGGGGUAACGUAAGAGUAGGAGGAGGAGGAGGAGGAGGAGGAGGAGGAGUGGGAGAGGUAGGAGGAAUAAGUGUAGGAGUAGUAAAAGUAGGUCAUGUUAAUGGUGGUCAUCUCGACCGUCAAAAACGUUUCGUCUCUCGGGCAGCCAUAGUUGGCGAUGGCUCUACUAUGGUUGACGAGGAGACCAGAUCCGUUGAACCUGGCGAAGCCAUAGCUUCUGAAGCCCCCUCUCAAAAUGGCGAUGGUGGAAGAAGUGACGAAGAAAGGUAUCGCUUCGUUGGCUCUUUCCAGAAAAGACUGCGGAUAUCUGAUCUGAAAGGAGGGGAGGAUGGAGGAGUAGAAAACGUCGGCAAACAGGUUAUGAUUAAAGGAUGGGUUCGCACUGUGCGGCUGCAGAAAGCGUUUGCCUUCGUCGAGGUCAAUGACGGCUCGUCCCUCUCUGGUAUCCAAGUGAUUGUGAACAAAGGCAUGCCCGGGUUCGAACUGAUAGAUGAAGGUGACGUCACCACUGGGGCAUCUAUCACAGUGGAAGGAACAGUGGUAGCUAGUCCUGGAGGCAAGCAAAAGAUUGAAAUAAAGGCAGACAGCGUCACAUUGGUGGGAAGGAGUGAUGCAACAACAUACCCGCUACAGAAGAAGCGCCAUUCCUUUGAAUAUCUGCGCACUAUUGCCCACCUUCGACCACGGACGAACAGUAUUGGAGCUGUUUCACGUGUGAGGAACGCUUUGGCCUUUGCCACGCACCAGUUCUUCCAAAAUAAUGGAUUUGUUUGGGUGUCCGCACCCAUCAUUACGGCAUCUGAUUGCGAAGGGGCAGGGGAGCAAUUCUGUGUCACAACCUUGAUUAACUCCGAAUCGACAACGUCUCCGACACUGAUACCCUCAACGAAGGAGCAGAAAGUGGACUGGUCAAAGGACUUUUUCAAGAGACCAGCAUAUCUAACAGUGUCGGGGCAACUAAAUGCUGAGAUAUACGCAACUGCUCUCUCUGAUGUUUAUACCUUUGGGCCAACGUUCAGGGCAGAGAACUCCAACACCUCAAGACACUUGGCAGAAUUCUGGAUGAUUGAACCGGAGCUUGCGUUUGCGGACUUGACGGAUGACAUGAAGUGUGCAACUGCCUAUCUUCAACACGUGAUUCAACACCUGCUGGACAAUUGCAAGGAGGACAUGCAGUUCUUCGACAAGUUCAUUGAACCUGGGAUACUCAAUCGCCUAACGUCGGUCGCCGAGAGUGAAUUUGCUCAUGUAACAUAUACUGAUGCAAUCGACAUUCUUCUCAAGUCAGGCAGGUCGUUCGAGUUUCCGGUGGAAUGGGGCCGUGACCUCCAAAGUGAGCACGAGCGAUACAUAACAGAAGUUGUUUUCAAAGGGAGGCCUGUGAUUGUCACAAACUAUCCCAAGGAAUGUAAAGCGUUCUAUAUGAGGGAGAAUGAAGAUGGGCGAACUGUUGCAGCCAUGGAUGUGCUCGUACCUACGGUCGGCGAGCUCAUAGGAGGCAGCCAGAGGGAGGAACGACUUGAGGUCUUGGAGAGCAGAAUGGAAGAAGCAGGACUGGACAAGAACUCGUAUUGGUGGUACCUCGACCUUCGGCGAUAUGGAUCUGGUAAUGCGUUUCAACUGACAGAGGAGGACGAAUGGCAGAUUAACGCUCUCCAGGUGCUGGACCAUGUGGAGCAAAAGGAGAUGAGAACCUUCCAACUACAUUCUGCCGGAGGCAAUAGCUGGAUCAAAGGGUGGAAGGAAGUAAAGAACGCAUAUGGCGCAUCCGUCGUGGAGAUCGAUGGGCAAGAGACGAAGCUAGCCAAGUGCGGAGAUAGCAUCGAGCAAGGAAGUACCAUCAACGUUAAGUACCUCAGGAAAUGGAGACCGAAGAGCGGACCGGAUAAGAAGACUCUCAUAGCACUACUUCGAAACCCAAGAAGUGGACAGGACCUAGGAGCAGCCAACACGGACACUCUGUUCCGAUUGUACAAGGCAGCCAAGGAUUUUCAACAGAAGUCGACACGCUCCUACCUGAGGUGGAUAAUAUCUCGGGUUAUCAAGGAGAAGACAGGAUGGGUUAUGGGAGCAGAUUUGACAGUGAAUGUCAGAUCUGACGGUCGAGUAAGACUAGCAGAGGUCAGGAAAGUGGUCAACGACAAGAUUGAGUGUCUCGGGUUACCGGAGUGCAUGGCGAAAUGAACAAGAAGUAAGGUACGGACGGUCUGGAUGAAGAACCAGUCCGUAGCGGAAAUUUUGCACAACCAGUGGGUCUACGCCCGCGCGGCUGUGUCCACCUGCACGUGUGCAGGUCUCCCCUAUCCUAGGAUAGGAGAACAUGUACGUUUCCGUCUGCAUGAGGUAAUAGGAGUUCACCCUAUAUUAAGCAAUGCAAACAACGUACCGAAAGCACGACAUCCUAGCCGAACAAAACUGCUCUGCAAGG